UCAUGUUUAGUGCAAUACUCUUCGCCGCACUUCUGUCGUUUUCUGGCGCGGGGAAGCUUCCUGCCAAUCUCAAGGUGUGCAAACGUACCGAUCCCAAUAUAAAUGAGUGCUUCCGUGAUGCUGUUCAAGACUCGUUGCCCAAAAUCAAAGCUGGUAUACCCGAGCUGAAUUUUCCACCAUUUGAACCCUUUGAAAUUCCCAGUAUGUCGAUACAAGCCGGCCACAGCGCGGUACAAGUCGUCCAAAACUACAAGAACUUGAAGCUCCACGGACUGUCCGAGUCCAUUGUCGAUGAUGCUAAGUUGGAGCACUCCGAGGACGGUUUCAAGGCGGAAAUGGACGUCACAAUUCCCACUGUACGAGCCGAGGCCGACUACGAAGUCCACGGACAACUACUUAUGCUUCCGAUAACCGGAAGCGGAAAAUCCAGCCUAUUAUUCAAGGACUCGAAAGCCACGAUCCUAAUGGUCGGCAAAAAAAUAGAGAAAAAGGGCAAAACGUACUUGGAGGUGAGCGAGCUGAAGGUCGACUUUGUACCGAAGGUAGGAGAAUUCCACUUCGACAACCUUUUCAACGGCGAUCAAGCGCUCGGAGAUUCCAUGAACAAGAUGAUCAAUGAGAACUGGAAGGAACUCUUCGAGGAGAUCAAGCCUGGGUUUGACGAGAUUUUCUCGAAACUAUUCCAAACCACUGCGAAUAGUAUAUUUACCAAGAUUGCGGGGGAUGACAUGUUUCCGGUUUAAUUUUGAAUGAGCGCGUAUAAUUUUGUAGCACUAUGUAUAAUGUUAAAAUGUUUCUGUAUUGUUCUAAGGUACGCGAGCCACGAACAUCCAAGUCUUUCCAGAGCACUCACAGCAAUGGAAGUUUUCCUAAACCUCACUGUUCACGAUUUCCUUUAACUUUCUUAUAAUAAGCUUAGAUUGACAGGAGAAACAUUUUUUUCUCCUAUUCUCUUUUGAAUACGAUUUUCCAACUGUUUGCACUUUGUGUAUUU